CAGCAGCUGCCACGCCCGCAGCUCCAGACAGCCUUCAGCACGGCCCCGAGCACCGCCGGCAGCCAACGACGACGCGCGCCGCGGGAGGUGGCCGCGCAAGAGCUCUAGCGAUGGCCGAGCCCGAGAUGGCCGCCGCGAGGGAGGAGGCCGCGGCGCCGCUGCUGCUUCCGCCGUCGCCGCUGCAGGCGGGAGGAAGUGACGAUGAUGAGAAGGAAGAGUCGUGUGGGAGGCAGUGGGCGCGCGAGGCCGGGCGGUUGGGCUACCUGGCGCUGCCCAUGGUGGUGGUGAGCCUGUCGCAGUACGCCGUGCAGGUGUCCUCCAACAUGAUGGUCGGGCACCUCCCCGGCGUGCUCCCGCUCUCCUCCGCCGCCAUCGCCACCUCCCUCGCCAACGUCUCCGGAUUCAGCCUCCUGUACGGGAUGGCAAGUGCGCUGGAGACUCUAUGUGGGCAAGCCUAUGGUGCGAAGCAGUACCGUAAAGUAGGUGCAGAUACCUACAGAGCAGUAGUCACCCUCCUGUUCGUAUGCAUCCCGCUCUCGCUUCUCUGGGUGUUCAUGGACAAGAUCCUAGUCCUCAUAGGCCAGGAUCCCAUGAUCUCCCACGGAGCCGGGAGGUACCUGAUCUGGCUGAUCCCGGGGCUCUUCGCGAGCGCGGUGAUCCAGCCGGUCACCAAGUUCCUGCAGUCCCAGAGCCUGAUAUACCCCCUGCUGCUGUCAUCCGUCGCGACGAUGGCGAUCCACGUCCCUCUCUGCUACGUGAUGGUGUUCAAGACCGGAUUGGGGUACACCGGUGCCGCUCUGGCGGUGAGCAUUUCGUUCUGGCUGAACGUGGCCAUGCUCGUUGGGUACGUCAUGUUCUCGAGUUCUUGCAAGGAGACGCGCACGCCUCCCACGAUCGAGGCCUUCAAGGGAGUGGACGUGUUCCUGCGUCUAGCUCUGCCCACUGCACUUAUGAUCUGUCUUGAAUGGUGGUCAUUUGAGCUUCUUAUUCUGGCGUCAGGGCUUUUGCCCAACCCACAGCUUCAAACAUCAGUGCUUUCAAUCUGUCUGACGAGUGUAACAGUAUUCAGCACCCUACCUUUUGGAGUUGGAGCUGCUGAAAGCACGCGAAUUGCGAACGAGCUGGGCGCUGAAAACCCUGGAGGAGCUCGGAAAGCUGUCCGCGUCGCGAUGACCAUAACGGUGACGGGCGCGGUGAUCGUGGGCGGAGCUCUUCUGGUGGGACGACGCCUCUUGGGACGCGCGUACAGCAACGAGGAGGAGGUCAUCUCGUUCGUCUCGGACAUGGUUCCUCUGGUCUGCAUCACCGUGGCCACUGACGCUCUACAGCAGGGAGUUCUCGCAGGCGUUGCCCGAGGGUGCGGGUGGCAGCACCUGGGCGCGUACGUCAACCUCGGCUCGUUCUACCUGCUGGGGAUCCCGGUGGCGAUCCUCCUCGGCUUCGUGCUGCGCAUGGGAGCCAGAGGGCUCUGGCUGGGCAUCGUCUGCGGGUCUCUAAUGCAGAUCGCGCUCAUGGGCGCCAUCACCUUCUUCAUCGACUGGCCCAAGAUGGCUGAGGACGCUAGGGAGAGGGUGUUCAACGAGAAGCAGGCGGAGCAUGGGUCGAUGCUGUAGCUCUGCUCCGAUUAUGCAGGUCGUCAGGCAUUUGUUAUGUCUUAGCACGAUCUUUGCUGAGUUCAUGCCUCGUUUUUCUACGAUCCGUACGUGUCCUAAAGCAAAACAAAAAAAAAGAUCCUCGCUUUGGUUUGAGCCCGGGCCCGUUUGACAGAGUUUCUGAUUCACGUGACUCCCUGACAAAGGAUUAUUGGAGAGAAGCGAUUAUAUGUCUGAAAGUGAUUUUGUUUUAAUUCUCUAGGUUAUAUUUGAAGUAUGAAGUGAUUUUGAGCGGGAAGUAAAUAAGAAGAAACUACUUUUUUUCAACUUCCCACGUCAUAGUUUAUUUCACUUCAUGGAAUAAGCGUAGAAUCACUCUAUAAAAAAUUUAUUUGGCAGAGUUGCUUGUGGAUU